AUGUCUCGACAACAUUCAAUUAUUUAUGAAGUUACUUCCGACAAUAUUGAAGAGAGUGAAGAAGAAAUUCAAGCAUUUAUAAAUAGUCAAAUAGGAGAAACCAGCAGAGAAACAACAACAACAACAAUUGAACAAUGCAACAAUAAUACGAACCAGUUAGAUAUUUUCGACUAUUUUAAAAUUACCAAUGAUGAGCCUCGGGUUAGAUGUAUUGAAUUGCCAAGAGUACUCACGGAGGAAUACAAUAAUUUAAUUUAUAAGUUUGAAUUGGAAAUUGCAAAGAAUAAUUUCAAUAUAGCUGAGGAAUAUAUUAAUCAGGCUAUUAGUAAGAUCCCUUUCUAUCCGUAUGGUUAUUUCCGAAAAGCUUCAUUGUUUUGGUCGAUUGGUGAUUAUAGGACUCAUAUUAGAAAUUUAGUUUAUGGAAUUUAUACUUGCACUGAUUUUCAAAAUAACUUUGAAAAGUACAAGAAUAUCUACAAGGAGAUGGAGGAAUAUAGAUCGGAAGUAUUUCAAAAUAAUUAUUUUAAUAUCGAUUAUUGGCUUUGUUUAUUUGGUGCCUCCAUGGCCUUGCAGGAGAAGAAACAACAAUUAUGUAUCAAGAGUUAUGAAAAUGCAUUGGAAUUUGUUCUCUCAGAGGACCACCAAGUAAAACUUGCCAAUUCUGAUUUGAAUACAGUUCUCCAUAGGUAUGAAUGCUUCUAUACAAUAUACAAUUGGUUGGGCAUAGCUCACUCAGAUAUGGAACGAUUUGAUUUGGAAAUUGAUUUUUACAAGAAGGCCUUGGAUACUAACUUUAAUACAGAAACUCUUCCUAAAUUGGAACAGUUUCAACUUGCUGGUUUGUUCAAUAAUAUAGGAGGAGGGUUAUUCUCUAUGAAUAAUCCUAUGCAAGCUAUUGAACAAUACAAUAUGGGUAGUAGCUAUUUCUCAGAACACUCUCUAUUAUUUCUGAAUAGAGCAGAUGCCUAUCAUCAACUUGGAAAAUUCAAGGAGGCAAUUCUUGACUUUGAGAAAUGUACUGCCUUGUGUAAAUACAAGGAGACAAUGAUUGAUUAUUUGGUGAAUUUGGCUGAUUCAUAUUUUUCAAUUGGUAAUUUCAAGAGAGCGAAUCAAAUUUUCAUGGAUUGCUACCAAAAGUAUGGAAUUAAGAGAGCUAGUCCAUUCCUGGUCGAGGUUGACAUGUUGUCGAUAUGGCAACAAGACAGCGACAAGUUUUUACGUUUUCUGAAUGAAGCCAUUGACAAUGUUGGAGACAAUGUACAAAUGCUGAAACGAUUAUUGAUAAGAAAAUAUUUUUUGGAGGAAACAGAUGAGUUAUACGAUAAGAUUGUUAAUUUCCAAAAUGGACUAUUGGAGAGGAUUUCUUAA